CAGACAAAGCUAUUAAGGAUACCGUUGUGAAUCGAACAUGCCACUCUCUAAAUAGAGGGUCACUUGAAAUUCGGUUUCCAAUCCCUUUCAGUGUAUUGUUUUCAGCUGAUAUCGAGUGUGAGGUAGGAUACACCUGUGAAUAUAAGUGUAACGAAGACCAAACAUUAUUUAAUAAUAAUUUGGAGAAGAAGUUUGCACAAUUCAAUCACAAGUGUUCAGAGAAGAGAAAGAUUAAGAACUGUUGUAUGCAACCUGGGGUAAAUUCUCUACACCACUAUUUAAACAAAAUGGCAGUAGUACACUUUCAACUGGGUGUCUGUGUAAACAACCCCUGUACUGCUGGAACCAGUUUGUUUGUAAACAAUGACGGGAAACCUAAAUGCUUUAAGUUGAAAGAUCGUUCGGUACUAAAGUGCACGAAUCCUUUAUCACUAGAUGAGACGAGUAGUGAACUGGAGUGUCCAUAUCUGAUACCACUUUCAAUAAAUACCAGAUCAUCCAGUAGUUGCUCAGGCGGGCAAGUAUGGAAUGUCUACAGGAAGAGAUGUGUUCGAAUAUUCAUCUAAAACUAUCUAUUUGUUAAUAUUAAAUUCAUGUAAAUAAUGUAAAUAAAUUAUUUUUCUAAUGUUGA